CCCUCACCCUCCUAGUGAUCCUGUGCACCAUGCCGCUGCCUUCGUCGUGGGGUGCCAUGUCCAUGAACCAUGACAGGCUGAUGAUUGGCAGGUUCCACCGGUGGAUGGCAGUGCACAACCGGUCGUACCCGAAUGCCGGUGAGAAACUGCGCCGGUCUGAGAUGUACCGCCGCAACAUGGAGUACAUCGAAGCCAUGAACAUGAAUGGCAGCCUCAGCUACAGGCUCGGAGAGAACAAGUUCACCGGCCUCUCCAAUGAGGAGUUUGGGGCGAGGUAUUAUGGUGCUAACUUUAUCAAUGACCAUGGUGCAGAUGUUGAUGACCCGAUCAUCACUACCCUUGCCGGGGAUGUAUAUGAGCGACGUGGAACAAUGGGGUACAACGUCAAUGCAGUAAUUCCCGAGAAUUUUGAUUGGAGGGACAAAGGCGCAGUUACACCUGCUAAAGAGCAAAACCCAUGUGUGUCAAACACUCAGCAUCCACAUUCCUGUGAUUUUCUAAUCAUGUAGGAUUGAAGAUGACAUGGAUCAUGCUGGGCAUUCGCUGCCAUGGAGGUACUGGAAGACCGGAAUAAUAUAAGAAACAUUGAGCUACUAGGUCUAUUCGAGCAGGAGCUAGUAGACUGCGACAAUCUAGACCAUGGAUGUCAUGGCGGGUGGCCCUUCCGCACGUUUCAGUGGAUAAAAGGAAAAGGGGGCAUCCCGACGGAGUCCGAGUACCCAUACAUGGCAAGAGAGCAAGGAUAUUAUAGGAUUGAAAAGAGUCAUGUACGUGUGGGCAAGAUCACCGACAUAGUGAGAGUGCCGACAGACGAGCAACUGAUGUUGUGGAUCAUGCUAACGACCCCGGUGACCGUUGUCAUCAAUGUGGGCGGCCGACCACUUCAACACUUCGCGAAUGGCAUCUACACAGGGCCAUGUGGUCAUAAACUGAACCAUGCAAUGGCCGUGGUGGGAUAUGGGGUCAGGGUGCAGGAGAAGGACUGGAUUGUCAAGAACUCGUGGGGACCGACCUGGGGAGAGAAUGGCUUCAUCCUGAUGGGGAGGGGAGUUGGUGGAGAAUCUGGAUUGUGCGGUAUCGCCAUGGAUGUUGUCUAUGCCCUCAUAGAGUCGUAUUAAGCCAACAUGAGUUGGAUUAGCCAAACUGUGUGUCAUGAAUCAAUAUGCAUGUAAUUAUUUGUACACCAAACAUAA